CGGAGCGCAGGAAUGUAUAUGCAAUCUGGGAGUGACUUCAACUGCGGGGUGAUGAGGGGCUGCGGGCUCGCGCACUUGCUUUCCAAGAGGGAUGAGGGCAGCAGCCCCAACCUGGCCCUCAACACCUACCCGUCCUACCUCUCGCAGCUGGACUCCUGGGGCGACCCCAAAGCCGCCUACCGCCUGGAACAACCUGUUGGCAGGCCUCUGUCCUCCUGCUCCUACCCACCUAGUGUCAAGGAGGAGAAUGUCUGCUGCAUGUACAGUGCAGAGAAGCGGGCGAAAAGUGCCCCCGAGGCAGCUCUCUAUUCCCACCCCCUGCCGGAGUCCUGUCUUGGGGAGCACGAGGUACCUGUACCCAGCUACUAUCGCGCCAGCCCGAGCUACUCGGCGCUGGACAAAACGCCCCACUGUGCCGGGGCCAACGACUUCGAAACCCCUUUUGAGCAAAGGGCCAGUCUCAACCCGCGCGCGGAACAUCUGGAAUCGCCUCAGCUUGGGGGCAAAGUGAGUUUUCCUGAGACCCCCAAGUCCGACAGCCAGACCCCCAGUCCCAAUGAGAUCAAGACCGAGCAAAGUCUGGCGGGCCCAAAAGGCAGCCCCUCGGAGAGCGAAAAGGAACGGGCAAAGACCGCAGACUCCAGCCCAGACACCUCGGAUAACGAAGCUAAAGAGGAGAUAAAGGCAGAAAACACCACAGGAAAUUGGCUGACAGCAAAGAGCGGAAGGAAGAAGAGGUGCCCCUAUACUAAACACCAGACGCUGGAAUUGGAGAAAGAAUUUCUGUUCAAUAUGUAUUUGACGCGAGAGCGCCGCCUGGAGAUUAGCAAGACCAUUAACCUUACAGACAGACAAGUCAAAAUCUGGUUUCAAAAUCGCAGAAUGAAACUCAAGAAAAUGAACCGAGAGAAUCGGAUCCGGGAACUGACCUCCAAUUUUAAUUUCACCUGAGCCAGCGUCAUCUCCUCCCCCUCCCCAUCUCUCCUUUCCCCGCCCCUCCUCCCUUUGUGCCUGGUGAUAUUUUUUCCCCUCCCUGAGUAUAAAUGCAACACGCCUGCAAAAAAGAAAGGCAAAGACCUCAGACUCUCCUUCCAAGGGACCUAUGGUUCGUGCUUCAUGGAGGCUUCCAGCUAAAGCAUGAGAAAUGGGGUGCUGGGUUUCGGGGUGUUAUGUGUGCCCUCAAAGAUGGGGUGGGAGUGUGGCUGGUGUGUGUGUCAGUCCCUCACUCACCCACGCACUCACACGCAGCAUUCUGUUCUCCAUGCAAAGUUAAGAUCGAAUCCACCCGAUUAUAGGGGAAAGAAAGGGGGGGAAACAACCAGAGAGGGUCUCGGAGAGCACAGUCAGAAUUGCUCCCUCCUUGCUGCAUCCCCUCCCUUAGAAUAAUAGACAGUCUUGAAAGUUCGCCUAGUAUUUGUGUGUUUGUCAUAGCACCCAGUGUCUAGACCCAACCCUCCCUGUGUCUUUCCCUCCCAGUGGCUCUGAGAAUCUGCUUGAAGUAUUUGUACUGCUUUCUGCUUUUCUCCCAGCACCCUGUAUCUCCCAUCUACUAACAUCUCAGAAAUUCCAUCCAGAAGAACAAAAAUAUUAAAAAUAGAACAUAGCAAAGUAAAACCAAAUCCCCCCCCCAAGUUAUCUUAUCCCUGUCUGGGAGUUGUGUUAUUUAAAGAUAUUCUGUAUGUUGUAUCUUUUGCAUGUAGCUUCCUUAAUGGAGAAAAAAAUCCUAAUAAAUUUCCGGAAUCUUAAUCCUCAAA